CGCCCCUUCCGGUCACACUUGCCCACCCGCGUGGGUCUGGUGUGGCCCGGUCCGUGGAGGUGUGCCCCUUCCGUCCUUUCCCUUGCAUCUCCGCCAUGGGGGUCCGCAAGAGGAAGGUCUCGGGCAGUACGGAUGGCGCGGUUUCCGCUACGGGCGCAGUCAAGCGGACCCGCACGGAAGAGCUCACGGGCGUGCGGUUCAAGGCUCUGCUGAGGGACCCGCAGGGCCCCGGGCCGGGCUUGGAAGCGUUUGUCUCUGCUGCCAAAAAGCUACCCCAAGAAGAUGUGUAUGAUGUCGUGGAAGGGUACAUAAAGAUUUCUGUUGAAUGUGCAGAAGUUUUCCAGCUCCUGAGUGGGGAGAAGCGACCUGAAAGUGAAGUGCUAUUAAUCUUUCAAGUUUUUGAGGCCAUAUUGUUGCGGACAGCAAGCGAUCUUUCACAUUUUCAUGUCGUGGGCACCAAUAUUGUGAAGCAGCUAAUGAACAAACACAUGAAGCUCAUCUGCGAGUCCCUGUAUGCCUCAGGUUACAGGGUAGCUCGAGCCUGCCUCAACCUAAUGGCUGCCAUGGUGACCCAGGGUCCAGAAGCUGCCAGGGAUGUCUGCAGCCAUUUUGAUUUGAAUAGAAAGAACUUGUAUGCCCUGGCGACUAAGAGGGACUCAAAGGGAGUGCCUGACGUGCGGCUGGCCUACAUCCAGUUUGCCCUCUCCUUCUUAAUUGCUGGUGAUGAUAGCACUAUAGGGCAAGUGCUGGAGCUGAAAGAGUUUAUCCCUUGCAUUUUUAACUCAGGCAUAAAGGAAGAUAGGAUUUCCACCAUCAACAUUUUGUUAUCUACACUGAAAACAAAGGUAGUUCACAAUAAAAAUAUCACGAAGACCCAGAAGGUGCGCUUCUUUACUGGGCAGGUCCUGGUCCACAUAGCGUCUCUCUACAGCUGGAAUGGGAUCGCUGAUGUGACCCCAGAAAAUUCGGAGAACGCCACGGUGUCUGCUGAAGAAGCAGGGAAAACCAUGGUGAGGGAGCUCGUUCAUAACUUCCUGAUGGAUCUUUGCUGUUCGCUCAAGCAUGGGAUUAAUUUUUAUGACGCUUCUUUGGGUACCUUUGGCAGAGGAGGCAACCUGACACUCUUGCACUUCCUGUUGGGUUUGAAAACUGCAGCCGAGGAUGAGCUGGUGGCUGAGCUGGUGGUGAACAUCCUGAAAGUGUGCCCAGACCUGCUGAGCAAGUACUUCAAGGAAGUGACGUUUUCCUUCCUCCCGAGAGUGAAGUCCACCUGGCUAAAUAAUGUCAAGCUGCUCACCAAGAUCUAUGAGGCCCAGCCAGAGAUUUCCCGGGCAUUUCAGACCAAAGAGUUUAUCCCCUUGCCGCGGCUCCUGGCGAUGGUGAUGGUGACCACGGUGCCCCCGGUGUGCAGUAAGAGCAUGUUCACCCAAGCGUUAAACCUGGACAGCACAUCGGUGAGACACACAGCUCUGUCCCUCAUUUCCUUCAUUUUGAAGAGAGCAUUAAAAAUCGUUGACCACUGCCUGAAUAAGGAGGCAUGGCAAGACUCGGGCGUGUACACGGCGGGGGUGAUGGAAGAAUUUGUGCAGCUCUUCCGGGAAGCACUGAGCAAGGUUUUGCCAGAUCUGAACACUGUCGUGUGGGUCUGGCAGUCACUUAAAAAGCAAGAGACGAAAGAAGAUGCUGAGAGAGGGAAGAAGAGAGGUGACAGGACUCCGGCCGCCCGCACAGCUCCCCAGUGUGACGAUGCAGAAACUCUUCUUCUGAAAGCCGUUCUGCUCCAGGUCAUUUGCCUGUACCAGCAGGUGGUCCCCCAUGUGGUCAUGCAGUACAACUUUGACUUCAGCAAGCUGCUGAAAGGCAUCAUCUCGGAGCAGGGCCUCGGCCGGGAGGCCCCUCCCAUCCUGCAGCACCACAUGCUGAAGGUGGCCCUGGAGCUGCCGGCCAACAAGUUCUUGUGGCUGAAGGCACAGGAAGGCCCAGAUGCAGAAAUCAUUGGAGGAGAACGAUCCGUGUUCUACUUACUGAUGAAAAUGUUUGUGACCAGUAGCCAUUUACAACUCAAGUCAUCCACCAAACUUCUAAUCAUGAAGAUUCUACAGGACACAGGUGUGUUUGAAUACACCUGGAAGGAGCUGGAGCUCUGGCUGGAGCACCUGGAUCACACCUCAGAGGACAGCAGAGAGACGGUGAUUCAGUUCCUGGAGCGAGUUUUACUGACGCUGGUGGCGAACCCCUACACGUACACAGACAAAGCGUCUGACUUUGUCCAAGAAGCCAGCACUCUGCAGGCCACUACGAGCAGGCAAGACGCAGAUGACACCAGCAUUCCCAUCUCCCACAUCGACGAUGUGCUCGACAUGGUGGACGUCCUGGUGGAAGGGAGCGAAGGCCUGGACGAGGAGAUUGGGUUCUUGCUGAACGAAGACAUGAUCCUGCUCACGUUCCCGUUCAGCGCCGUGGUCCCCGCAGCCCUGGAAGCCAGGAAUAAGUUGCUCCUUGGGACAGACACUGAAGCAGGGGAGAGCAUCGUGGCCUAUCUGACGGCAGUGCUGACCGACCUCCUGCACACCCAGAGGGACCCCUUGGCUCUGUGUCUCCUGCUGCAGGCUUAUGACAAGUUUGAGCCUCCCGGCCCUCCUUGCUGUCAGCAACUGUCCCGGUUUAACAGCUACUACAGCCUCUGGAUCCCGGAGCAAGCCCGAGAGGCCUGGCCUCUGCAGACAUCCAGCAGCUCCGCGCCCCGUGUGCCCGCCUUGGCCUCCGGCUUCUCCGCCCUGCUGCAGAUGGCCUACGAGAGCCACACACUUGGAGAAGAGCACGUUCAGGAGCAGCUCCAGGCCGCUGUCCAGUGUGUCACCCUGCGCCAGGCCCUGUGCUCCACCAAGCAGGUGCUUCUCUACCUCAGGAGCACUGUGGAGAACUUCCGCCAGCUCGGCAGAAAUGUGGGACCCCCACUCCUGCGCCUCUUCCUGGAUCUCCUCAGACACUUGGUUGUCCGCUGCAAGCACCUGGACACCCAGAAUCAGCAGAAGUGCGAGGCUGCCCGUGCCGAAUCUGACCUCUUUUUAGACAUGGAGUCUGUUGCCUUGCUGGAGUUGGCCAGUGACCAGACGCUGGAGGAGGUGCUGGUAGCCAUCCUGAGACACCCAACCCUGGAGGGCUGGUUUCUGGCCCUGGAGCGGCAAGCGUUGCCCCCACACACACUCAGCCCUGUCCUCGUGAAGCUCCUGGCCGCCCAGUUCAGCACAGGCGUCCUUCAGCUGCUGGUGGCCAGCGCCCCAAUCCUCCGGAACAUGGGGCAGCUGGGCCUCCUGGCCAAGUACUCGGAGGCCAUCACGCAGAGCGUGUUGAGGGAGCUGCGUGCCAGAAGCACCGGCCGAACCACUUCGCCACUCAAGACCCCGCCACAGCUGGAGGCCCUGCAGGAGUUGCACCCGUACAUGGAGGGUGCCCAGCUCCGCGAGGUCACAUUGGCCCUGCUGGCCCUGCCUGAGGCCCACCUGCUGACCCCACCAUCCACAGAGGCCCCCGAGAAGGAGAGGCAGCUGAGCAUCCUUGGGAAGACCCUGGUGCAGCUGCUGGCCAGCAGCCCCCGGGACCAGCUGCAGAGCAGCGAGCUCCUGUGGUCCUCCGAGUAUGUGCGUGGCCUGGGGGCUCUGCUCCCCGUGCUGGCUGUGGACGAACUGGACACCGUGUUCCUCCACACCCUGCAGAGAGACCCCAUGCUGGCCCCUGUGGUUGCGGCUGACCUGCUUGACUACUGCCUGGCCCAGCAGACACAGGCGGCCCUGGGCAUCGCCACGCUGCUCCUCCAGCAGAGCUGCACCCACCUGCUACGGUUUGAGCGGUGGUGCAGCCGGGUCGGGGCAGGGCGCAGCCUGCAGGAGGACCUGGAUGACUUCCUGCCCCUCGUCCACGUGUACCUCCAGCGCAGGCCGCGGGGGCACUUGGCGUGCCCGGCAGGAGUGUCCUCCGCUGUCAUUCCUGUCCUGAGGAAGGCCCUGUGGAAACGGCUCCAAGACAAGCUCCUCCGUCCUGAUGGUCCCCCAGAGUCAGGGCUGCAUUAUGAAGUCCUGGCCCAGCUGGUCCCAUUUGCCAGACCCAGAGACCUCCAUGGGCUCAUGAACCGUUUGCCCAGCCUGCUUCAGGCUCCGAGCAGUCACAAGAGUUGGAUCGUGGCAGACUCGGUCUCAGCAGCCCUGGAGGGGUCAGUGGGAGAGCUGGGCGCCUGGAGGAAGACCCUCCUGCAGUCCUGCGUGCAGUGGCUGGUCGUGUCCUUCAGUGGCAGCCAGCCGGGCGAUGACAGCGCUCAGGACCAAGAGAAGCAGAUGCUGCUCAGACUAAGCGAGUUCUUGCGUGCACUUAAUGACAUUGAUCCUGGUGAUUGGCAGAAAUUCAUGAAGAUUGGACUCAAGUUUCGGUAUCAGGACCACACCUUUUUGAAGACCCUCCACGCCGCCCUGCAGCUCCUGUACGGCCCAGAGAGCCCCGUGCGCGCCGCGCUCGUGCCGCUCCGCACAGCGCACAUGAUGCUCACCCAGCACUCGCUGUUCCUGCCCAGCCUGCUCGCGGCCGAGGGAGGGGAGAACCCGGACAGUGACGUGAAAGAAGCCCUGGUGGACCUGAUGGCAACAGUGGUGAGGCUGUGCCCCUCUGUCUGCGAGAGUAGCCACUUCGCAGUGCUGCUCGGGGCCUAUGGAGCCACCCUCAGCACCCUGGACCAGAAGAUCUUACUUCUCCUCCGGGCGUAUGAACAGAACAAGCUCAGCCUCAUCAGCUUCCGGGUGCUGCUGUGGGGCCCGGCGGCCGUGGAGCAUCACAAGACGUGCCGGAGCCUUGGCAAGUCCCUGUGGCAGCAGCCGAGCGUCGCCGACAUCCUCUGCCUGCUGGACCGGGACCGCAUGCUGCAGACCAUCCUGCACUUCCCCCAGAGGCGGCGGCUGCUGCCCCCUGAGGAUGCCCAGGAGGUGAUAUUUAAAGACCAGAGCAUGAGAGUGGAUCCCAACGGCCUGUACGACCCCUGCUUUCUCCUUCAUCUCUUCGGGGAACUGACCAGGCCGGAAUUUGUGGUGGAUUGUCGAAAAUUCUUGGAUUCAAAUGCUCUGGGCCUUACUCUUGCGGCCCUCAGCAGCUACGACCCCCAGCUGCGAGCAGCGGCCUACUCUGUCCUGGCAGCCUUCUACUCACACCUGGAGGGAGCUCGUUUCCGGGAGCGGCCCCAGCUGCUUUACCUGUUGGAUGUUGUCCGGAACGGCGUUCGGACACCGAACCUGAGACUCCCUUUCACCCUGGCCCUCUUCAUCGCCAAGGUGGCCCUGCAGAUUUUGAAACCAGAGGAGCACAUGUACUGGAAGAUCAGCAAGUUCCUGCUGUCCCACGAGAGCCUGAACAUGGACAAGGUGCCGGGCUUCUACCAGUUCUUCUACAGCUCUGACUUUGAGCACAAGACUGAGCAGGAGUGGGUGCUUGGGCUUCUGCGGCAGGGGAUUCGCGACAAGCAGUGCUACGAGCUGUGUGCCCGGCGGGGUGUCUUCCACAUCCUCCUGGCCUUCUUCAGCAGCCCGCUGUGUGACGAAGUGGCACAGAAUUGGAUUCUGGAAAUUCUACAGAACAUAGCCCGGGUUGCCAGAUCUGCCUACGAAAUCCUACGGGACUACAGUCUUCUGACGUGGAUUCUGCACAUCGUGGAGAGCAGGUUUCUGGACACUCAGCUGCUGUCUAACGUGAUCUCCUUGCUGCACACACUGUGGGUGACGAACCUGGGGGACAAAGGUGUGGAGGGGGAGAGCCAGCCACCUCGCCAGCCUGGCUCCCAGGAGCCCCGCAAGCUGCUUGCCCUGCACCUGGUCAGCGAGUUCCUUUACGUCCUCGUUGCACUCUUGAAGCACCUGAGGCCCACCUUGGCCUCUGCCCAGCUAAGCAGCUUCUUUGAGACACUUGACUCUGUGCUGAGGUACCGGGCCACCGUCCUGCGGGCCUUCAAGGACAUGGGCCGAUUCACUGUGAACGAGACAGUGCUCUCCACCAAAGACGUCCUGGUCCUGCUGCACAAGUGGAGCCUCAUCGAAAGAGAUGUGAGGCUCCAGGAGGAGCUGAGAGCCGCCGUCGAGAGGUGCCAAGUCAGGGACCUGAUGAAAAUGCUCAAGGAUAAGAACAGGCCGAUUGUGCCGGCCCGAGCCCGGGGCCCGAGAGGCCGCAAGAGGAGGCCUGGGGAGGCCGAGGAGACAGCCCAGCCUGAGCUGGCGGCGUCCAGUGUGGAGACCUGCAGGGCCCUGCUGAGGUCCAUCCUGACCCACUGGGCACCAGUGGUCCCUGGCCCUGAGCCCUCCCAGGACCGGGACACUCAGGAGAGCAAAGCCACAGGCCGUGUGCACACCGCCGCCUCCCUGGUGGCCCGCUGGGUGCUGCGCUCUGUGGCUGAGGGCCCGCUCCGCGGAGCAGAGGCGGUGAGACUCCUAGGCUGGCUGAAGAACCACAUUUUGCCACACCCGGCCGUGGUGGCUGACCUUCUGGGGGACGGAGCCGUGAGGAGGAGCCUGUUUCAGCUGUACACCCGCCUCUGCAGUGCUGAGGGGCUGGCAGGGCCUGCACAGGACGUGGCUGUCCUGUUCAACACGGUCAUGCUGCAGCUGGUGGCGGCCCAGGGCCACGUGGGGAGCGCCUUGCACUCGGCAGUGGAGGCCCUGUGCGCGUCCUCUGUGCAGGAGGAAGAUGGCACCACACGAGCCUCCGCGGUGUUCCUGGUGUCUCUGUACAUUAAGGACAUCUGGCUGGGGGCCCAGCGGCCAGACACGCUCCUAACGCACGUCCGAAUGGUCUGCGAGGCUGCAGAGGACACGCCGGGUGUGGAGGAGGAGGCCAUCGUCUUGCUCUGCAGGGACAUCGCUGCGUCGGCCUCAGCUGCUUGACUCCUGCUCCUGGGCUCUGGAAGUGUAGUGGAGUCUCUGUUUGUGGGCCAGACGUGAGAUGACAGGUUCUGCAUGUUGGCUCAGUUUCCGACCUGAAGAGCCAAAGGACCUUAUUUAACCAGUAAAUGAUUGUGUUCAAGUGAACACAUGCAGGUGAUUAGGGCUGCGGGACCGUGGGGCACUCUGACCGCUCCCCUCCAGGGUCCCCGUGCUCAGAGGAGAAUGUCAGGUCCAGCUGCUUGCAGCUGCUACCCAGUCUGUGAGUGGUCAAGCUAAAAUGUCAGCAAAACUGUCAUGUGUUUUGGUGAGUACAAAGAGAGGUAUUUAAAGUUUUUCCUCGGUAAGAAGUUGUAACAAAAUUCUGUGUGACUCUGAAUGAAUGAGUGCCUGCCAGUGUUAUGUAUUUUAUUAAAUCAAAGGGUGUCACGCUAAAUCCUUAAAGGAUGAAGUGGUUUGAUCUCUGCUUUGGGACAGCAGCCUGUAUUUUUUACAGUUGUGUUUCAAAGAGGGGAUUUUGAAUUUUAUAAUCGCUUCAUAAUAAAAGUCUAUUUUUAUAA